CCCGAUUCCGAUCAGCCUACGAACGUGAAUCUUAACCUGAACAGGUCUGUGGUGUUCUGCGGGGAAGGUCAUAUCUUGUUUCCGCCGUCCCUUGAUCUACCAGCCUAGAGCGGUACAUCACUUCGCGACGACCAUCCACAGCAACACCUCCAUGCGAUGACGAGUGCUAGAUGAUGCUCACUACCAUUUUCAGACUCCAUAUCGCCGGUGGGACCCCGUUGGUUCGCGCCUGGCGCGGAGCACCGUCCAUCUACCACACUCGUUUCUCCUCUGCAAUCCUGCUACCCUUUCCCCUGCCCUACGCGACCCAUCACCCUCCUACCCACAGUGGCAACCCCCAACCCACUUCCGUAUCGUUACAAUACACAAUACUGCUCUGCAUAUGUAUAGUGUGUAUCGAAACCCACGCAGCAGCGCGCCCCACUCGCCUCUCGGCCCGCAACCCGAUCAGGAAAUUGCGGCUCUGCGUCCCUGCGUCGGUGCCCAACGGCACCGCACAUGCAGACCGUUAGCACCACCUGAAACACUACACUAGAAAUCUUCUUCUGCGCGACAAAGAAAAUGCCUGCGCGCGGACGCGGACGCGGACGCAGACGCGAGAUGCAGGGUCCGGGCUUCCAUGGGUGCAACUGGAGUAGAUGGGAAGUAGUUCGCGCGAG